UUUCAACGAGACGAGGGUUUUGGGGGGCGAGGGUUUCAGCAGCUUCACCACUUACUUUCUCCGCUGUUCUCGUCUCCGUUCGAAGAUGAAGCUCGUCAGGUUUUUGAUGAAGUUGAACAAUGAGACCGUGUCGAUCGAGCUGAAGAACGGAACUGUUGUCCACGGCACAAUCACUGGUGUGGAUGUGAGCAUGAACACUCACCUGAAGACCGUUAAACUGACUUUGAAGGGGAAAAACCCGGUUACACUUGAUCAUCUAAGCGUUAGGGGUAACAAUAUCCGCUACUAUAUUCUUCCCGAUAGCUUGAAUCUGGAAACUUUACUCGUGGAGGACACUCCCAGGAUCAAGCCCAAGAAAGCUGCCGCUGGGAAACCUGUUGGACGUGGUCGUGGACGUGGACGUGGGCGUGGGCGUGGCAGAGGCCGUUAGAUGUAUUCUCUGUGCAUGUGCCCUUGGUGGGCAUUGUUGGCUACUGUCCAGGAUAAAAAUGAUGAGGUCAGUGACUUAAAUUUGUAGGAAGGGGAACUUGUGCUUCGAUUUGUAGGAUAUGUAACCGAGUUAUGCUUCUAGGAACUCUUGGAAGGAGGAAAUUUGUUUUAACCAAAUGGUAGUAAUAUGCAACAUGUUUCUUCAAUGCAGUUGCAAUCCCACAAACAUACAUAUUUAAUUUGA